CCGUGGUGCAUAGCGUUGCGUCGUUCCCUGCCCCGGUCUAGUGAGCCACAUGCGAAGAGGCCACCGCCAACCACCACCCCCCGAAGUGAAGUAUAAUAAAUUUUAAUUUGAAUUUUGGUUUUCAUCGGCCGCAAGGAAAAAAAAGCAUCCACCAGCAUCUAUAAAUACUUCAUCAUGAUCACGGUCCGCGUCGUGGGCACGAGCCGAUCCAAACGGCAGCCGCCGUCCAUCGCUGAAAUGUCGGCGCGGAGCAUGUGGAAGGACCGUAAAUGCCUGGAAGUCGGCCAGUAUGUCUGCACUCCGACUUGCAAAAAUUCCGACUUCAUCGUCCGCGACAUCACCGUGAGCGCCAGCACGGGCGAGGAAAUCGACUCUUUGCUUUCCGAAGCCGAAGCGCUCGGUCUAGUGGGAGGAGAAGGUCCGGUCGUGCAGAACAUCGCAGGAAAUAGUACUUCUACAACUACUACCCACAGCGCAGGAGCUACAACUUCUACGUCAUCUAAGAAGAGCGGAGGCGUAACCAUUACAACGCUCCCAGUCUCGAAGCUCCCUUACACGGAGAAAUUUGUGAAGGACUACCAACUCGACGUAAAAGUAGACGCGAGAGAGACAUUCACCGUGUUCCGCAAGCUGCACAUCCUUCCCUACGAGGACACCUUUGCCUACAAUUAUGACCACAUGUACCACAACCAAAUCCUUCCCUUUUUCCGCAAAGUUCCCAUCCCCUUCGUGGGGCUGGACCACGAGUUUUCGCACAACGGAGGCCGCUUUCGAGUGGUAGGUAUCACAGAGAAAAAGAGCUAGUGCAGUUCCUAGCAUAGUAUGAUUAGCUUUUACAGCUAAUCCUGAUCAUACUAUGUCUAUGCUCAGCGUAUUGUGUUUUUCAGCGCGUAGUAGCAGCUGUAUCAGUGUAUUUCAGCGCAUAGUAGGAGCUGUUUCAGCUAUGCAAGACGGAUCACUUUUUGUGCAAUUGUUUGUUGCAUGUACAUUUAAAUUCUAGUGUAAAAACGCUAUGCUAGAAGCUUUCUUCUCGUGUACAAUCGGCAUCGAGUACGAAAAGCCCGGAGCGGCGACGUCCUCCGAUGACCAGCUAGCCGCAGGAGAUUUGGUCACUUGCACCUCGCCCCUCGCCUCGUCCUCAACCCUCGAGACGGACGCCACGAAAGAGAAGAAACUUGCGGACCAGCAGUGCGUGUACUGCAACGUGCUGCCGCUACCCAAAUCCAACCCGGCCGGCGUGCUGGGCUGCGCGGGGUAUCCUGUGCAAAAGUAUCGUACUCGUACUAAUCGCGUUCAUGCAUUACAAAUUUCUUUUCAAGAGAAAUCCGCAUUUUUAUUAAUUAAUUUUAUUUUUCAUGCUGAGGAGACAUGCGAUUUAUACUAGUACGAUGCUUUUGCAUUUCAUACGGGCAAUGGCACCGCGAUGUUCUACGAGGGCCCCAAAUUGCCCCGGGUCACGCUCGACUUGAUUCACGUGUUGCCGUACGAGCGAGGUUUUCCCGAACGUCUUUUCAAAUCCGAGGACAACGCGGAUUCCUCACCCACAAAGGAAAACAAGUACGUAAAAAUGGGUAUCACACAGAAAAAAGCUAGCAGGGCAUCCAUUGAGUGCAAAAAUAAGCUGCACAGUAGAAAAAGUUUAUCUCUACUCUUGCAUGGCCCAAGCGUCAUGCUAGUAUGGGCCUACAAUCGUGUGUCAUUUUUUUACCUCUGUAUUUUUGCAUUUGCUUUUGCAGAUGUGCUUUUUUCUCUAGGAUAACGGCACGAGAAAAGAAGGCGAAGCAGGCGGCGCUUCUGGCGGCGGGAAAUAAGGCCUCGAGAACUGCGAGCGCCACCGCCGCGGGUUCUUCUGUGGGAAAAGAAGUCGACGGGAAGCUGAUUCUGAAGGAGUUUUUGCAGCAAUACUUCGACAACCGGUCCUCGGCGUUCAAGAUUGGCGAGGCUUUCAACCCGGCGGAGCGGUGCUUCGUUUUGUCCGGAAAAGGGCUAUAUGCGCACCCAGCGCAGCAGCCCCCCAACAUCUGGUUCAAAGUGAUCAGCACGACGGGCGGGGCGUUCGGCGUGGGCUCCGUGGGGGCGAAGACCGAGAUCAAAGUGCACGGCACGUGCGUGCGGGAGGAAGUGCCAAAACCAAACGUAAAAGAGAUGGCGCGGGCCAUGGAGCAGGCGGGAUCGGGAAAUAAAGAUGGACGAAAUAAUAAGUCAAGGAAGGACAAUGGUGAAGAGAAGGGGGACUGCUCACUCAUGUGAAUUUGAACAUCAAGAUCAAUCGUCUGCUCCUGUUAGAAGAAAAAAGCACUGGUUGCAGUUAGUGCCGAGAUACGUUUCUGAUCACUCUUUGCUCCUCAAAGCCGGCUCUCACCCCCAGAAAAUAGAAUCCGUUCCUCUCAAUUACAUGUGGUUCACUCUGUUGAAAGUCUGGUUUCAUUUUCAAAGAGUCUCAAUUUUGAUUUUUCAAUUGAGCGUACCAACAAG